CUGCACAGCGUGUUUUUUACUUUGCCUCUCGGGCUUUUCAGUAACUAGGUCACACACAGUCCUUGGCCCCUGGUGUAAAUAAGAUGUGACACACACACACACACACACAGACACACAGCUGUGGCCUGGGAUGCAGCAGUGACUGCUGACAUGACAGCCAAUAGAAACGGAUUGAGUGAUAACAACUUCAGGUAAAGUUUGAAAUUAGAAAUUAGCAUCAAAUUAGGUUAAUUUUUUAAGUUGUCAACUAUUACAGGUAGACGCUGGAGGACAGGUGUAAACUGUUCUGACUGUUGCCGUCUGUGAGAUUUAUCACAUGCAAAUGUCUGGUGUCAGAUCUUUAUUACACCUUCACUCAAAGGGAUCCUGGUCCCAGCACAGCUGCAGCACAGCGCCAUCACCUCUGCAGGGUGUUUCACUCACACUCUGCAGUACAACAACAGGGAAACAAUACCAGCUAAUGCAAUAUAAGGUUAAUGUAAUUACUAAACUUUUUGUUUUUGUUUUUUUAAAUCAGGGAGCCUAGAUGCUGUUUUUAUCCUCUUUAAAUGAGGCAGUUAAAGAUGACUGCUGUCAGAGCAUGAACACUGUAUGAAUGGACUCUGAGCCCUCUGCUGGUGGCGCUCAGGAACUGCAAGACUAAAUAAGAGAAAUCUACUGAUUUCAUGAUAAUGCAUGUGUCUCUGUGGCUUUUAAACAUGACAUAAAACUGUUUCCAGCAACACGAGAGAAGUGAACACUAUAGUAUUAACAGGACAAAUGAAUCGAAUCGACCCUGCUUUAACAAAUAUAAACUGCUCCUGCAUCAAAACUUAACUAAUAUUCCACUUUAAUGUUAUUACAGGCCUCAAAGCUGUCUCAAAGAUUUCUAUUCUAACAAUAAUAAUAAUAAUAUUAUAAUGUCUUUAAUCAGAAACACCAUCAGGAUGGGACGACUGACGACUGUGGACUUUGAAUGACGGCAUAAAUUGGGCGUAAAAUGAAAUGACUGGGCGUUAAAGCUUCCUGUGGGGCCUCUCAUGUUGGUGCAGCUCAGAUUCAAAACAAAAGACUCAAAUCCUUUACUGUGCUGUAUCUAUAGGGGGCCAAGCAACAUAUGCUGGCCCCUUGUUAUUAUUAGCUUAAGUUCGAUUCAGCAAUUAAGAUGAAAUGAUCUAGUUAUUAAAAUACAUUAUUAUAAUUAUUAAUGGUCUCUAGCUGUGUCUGGAAGGAAAUGUGCGUGCAGUGAAAUUCCUCUAGAAGUCCAAGGGUCAAAGUUGAGGGACGUGUUUUGUAAUUUAGCAGGAGUCACAUGAUACCAGUGUUUCGAACCUGCUGUGGCCUACUUUGCUUCUCAUAACUCAGACAUAAGGGCUUCCCGCCGCGGGGGCUUUUUUUAUUUCCUGCACAUCGCGCCUCACCCUGCUGCUGCUGCUGCUGCUGCUGCAGAUCUACGUAUGUUGUAUGUGAAUUGUGCUUUUGUUGACGAGGCGCAGACCGUGAGAGGUUGUGACCUACAUUUCCGGUCUCGGAUCUUGGACCACCGUGGCUCUUAGGACUUAAUUUUGGCUCCAGUCCACGUGUUUGUUCUGUUUAACUACGGCUUAGAGCAUGUGAUUGGUACUUUUGAAGAUAGGCGUGGAAAGAGAAAAAAAAAUAAAAAUUGCGCAGACUGAUGCCUUCAAGUGCUGCUCGGAAACAUAGGUUUGUGGAAUGUGAGGCAAACAGCUUGUCUUGUCUAGCCUUUACAUCUAUGACUGUGAUACAAAUACACUUUGAAAGAUCAACCUGUAACCCAGACGUUACACAAAAUACAUUUAAUAAAAUGGAAAAAGACAAUAAAAUAUGUGCAUUGCUAAUAAUAAUAAUAAUAUCAAUAACAACAACAAUAAUAAUAAUAAUAAUAAGAACAAUAAUAAUAAUAAUAAUAAUAAUAAUGAUAAAUACAACUGAUACUACUAUAAAAAAGGCAGUUAUACCAGAUUGCAGUUGUAAUAAACUAAUAGUAGUAAUUACAAUAUCAAUUAAAUAAUAUUAAUUACAAAGGAUUAUCUAAACCUUCAGGCUACUGAAACUUUUUUUUGUUUUUUUCAAUCAGGCUAUCAAUAACAGCGUAAUGCAGAUGUUUAUUGUUGUUCAGUGUGAGGUCCUGCGCGCUCCCGACGUCACACUCCACAGUGUCAGACUUUCGCAUUCAGCUGUCGAUCGUCCUUCCGGGGGUUUAGGAUAUAUUUAACAGCACUUGAAGACGGCUCCGCGCAGACCCUCGCAUGUCACACUGUUAUUGGCCGAGUCUCAGUGUUACAUGAUGUUACCUAACUACACAUGUGGUUGAAUUAAGUUGUGCCUGAGUGCGCGAGUGCUGCGGACAGUUGCGCCUGUGCAGCCUCCUGAACUGAAGCCAAAAACACCAUGGAGAGCACCAAGGCGGACGGACACAACCCGCUGGCAACUGCCGGCUUUUGUUCAAGGGUCUUUUUGUGCUGGUUGACCCCGCUGCUGCACCUGGGCCACAAGCGGAGGCUGGAGGAAAGUGACAUGUACGGCGUUGUCCCCGAGGAUCGCUCUCAGACACUGGGAGAGGCGCUGCAGAGACUUUGGGACCACGAAGUUAAAAAGGCCACGAAGGAACUGCGGAAACCGAACCUCACCAGCGUCCUCAUCCGGUGCUACGGGAGGUCCUACGCCGCGGCUGGGUUGUUCACAUUUACACUGGAGGCCAUUAAAGUGAUCCAGUCGCUGCUACUGGGGAAAAUAAUCCUGUACUUUGAGAAUUACGACCCAGACGACCGUAGGAGUCUCUGCACGGUUUGCGUUUACGCCGCCGCGAUGUCCCUCUCCGCCUUCGCCCUGACUAUCCUCCAACAUCUCUACUUCUACCAGGUUCAGAAAAUGGGCAUGAGGAUACGAGUGGCCAUGUGUCACAUGAUAUACAGGAAGGCUCUGGCUCUCAGCAGUGAAUCCAUGGGACAAACCACCACCGGACAGAUUGUCAACCUCCUUUCGAAUGAUGUCAACCGCUUCGAUGAGAUUACACUCAACCUGCACUACCUGUGGGUGGGGCCUCUACAAGCGAUGGUGAUCGUCUUCUUCCUUUGGUACGAGAUCGGCCCGACGUGUCUGGCGGGCGUGGCGGCCGUCGCCCUCAUGCUGCCCGUGCAGACCUGGUUCGGAAAACUCUUUGGCAUCUUCAGGAGCAAAACGUCCGUCUUUACUGACAAUAGAAUUCGCAUCAUGAACGAGGUGGUGUCCGGCGUCAGGAUCAUCAAGAUGUACGCCUGGGAGAAGCCGUUCUCAGCUCUGGUUACUGAAGUCAGAAGGAAAGAGAUCCGUCAGAUACUGUACAGCUCCUACCUCCGAGGACUCAACAUGGCCUCCUUCUUCGCCAGCAGCAAGAUCAUCGUCUUCAUUACCUUCACCGUCUACGCCCUCCUGGGCAACGCCAUCACCGCCAGCAGCGUGUUUGUCACCGUGUCCCUCUACGGUACCAUCAAGCUCACGGUCACCCUGUUCUUCCCGCUGGCCGUGGAGAAGGUGUCGGAGACCGCGGUCAGCGUCCAGAGGAUCUCGAGUUUCCUCCUGCUGGAAGAGGUGGAGAGAAAAACCUCGGGGCUGCCUCUGGAGGGGAAGGAGGAAAGCUCCAUAGAGAUUGAGAAGUUGACCUGCUACUGGGAUAAGAGUUCGGACGCUCCAUCUCUCCAAAAUGUCUCCGUCAGCGUGAUGUCACACCAACUCCUGAUUGUAAUUGGACCAGUGGGGGCCGGGAAGUCCUCCCUGCUGAGCGCCAUCUUGGGAGAGCUGCCUCAGGACACGGGGAGUCUGAAGGUCAAAGGUCAGCUGACCUAUGCGUCCCAGCAGCCCUGGGUGUUUCCGGGAACCAUCCGCAGUAAUAUCCUGUUCGGGAGGGAGCUGAACCUCCAGCGGUAUGAGAAAGUCAUCAGAGCCUGCGCUCUAAAGAAGGACCUGGAGCUGCUCCCGGACGGAGACCUGACGCUGAUCGGGGACAGAGGGGCCACACUCAGUGGGGGACAGAAAGCUCGUAUCAACCUGGCCAGGGCCGUGUAUCAGGACGCAGACAUCUACCUCCUGGACGAUCCUUUAAGCGCAGUGGACGCUGAGGUCGGGAAACAUCUUUUUGAGCAGUGCAUCUGCGGCCUGUUGAAGAACAAGUGUCGUGUCCUGGUCACACACCAGCUGCAGCACCUCAGGGCCGCCGACCAGAUCCUGGUCCUGAAGGAGGGUCACGUGACGGCUCAGGGUUCCUACAGCGAGCUGUGCUCCUCCCAUCCGGACACAGUGUCUAUGCUGAGGAGUGACGAGGAGCAGGAGCAAUGGGCUCGAUCGGCCGACCUGGACAAACUGUCGUUACACAGCCAGAAGAUGAACCACUCGCACGGUUCCCACAGCAGCCUCCUGCUGCAGGAGAGCAACUGCACAGACCAGCUUCCUGUUGAAACAGUUUGCACCGCGGCAGAGGAGAGUCGGAUGGAAGGAGACGUCGCCGGUCACAUUUAUCUCAAGUACUUCACCACAGGCUGCAGCAUCGUGGUCUUACUGGUUAUCGUGCUGCUCAGUGUCGUGGCCGAGGUUGCUUAUAUCCUGCAGGACUGGUGGCUGGUCUACUGGGUGAGAGAGAUGUAUUUCAACAGCACGGCCACAGCUGUUAGCAUCAGAAAUGGAGUGAAUGCUACUCACUCAGAUCAAGAGUUCGACCUCACGUUUUACCUCGGUGUUUAUUCAGGUUUGACUGCAGUCGCCGUGGUGUUCGGCUACGCCAGGAGCUUAGUGAUCUUUCACGGGCUGGUGAGAUCAGCUCAGAAACUGCACAACCACAUGUUCAGCGCCGUCCUCCGCACGCCCGUCGCCUUCUUCGACGCCAAUCCCAUCGGAAGAAUUCUCAACAGGUUUUCCAAAGACAUCAGCCAGAUGGACUCGAUGUUACCCAUCACCUUUGUGGACUUCUAUCAAUUGUUCUUGCAGAACGUGGGCGUGGUGGCGGUGGCGGCCUCGGUCAUCCCUCUCAUCCUGAUCCCCGUCGUUCCUCUGCUGUUCAUCUUCCUGUACUUGAGACGCUUCUACCUCAGCACGUCACGGGACGUCAAACGCCUCGAGUCCACAACUCGGAGUCCCGUCUUCUCCCACCUGUCCUCGUCUCUUCAGGGUCUGUGGACGAUCCGAGCCUUCAGAGCCGAGGAGAGGUUAAGGAAAUCCUUCGACGCCCAUCAGGACCUGCACUCGGAGGCCUGGUUCCUGUUCCUGAUGACGUCCCGCUGGUUCGCUCUUCGCCUCGACAGCAUCUGCUCCCUCUUCAUCACCUUCACCACAUUCGGCUGCAUCUUACUCAGAGAUGGGCUUGAAGCCGGAGGGGUGGGGCUCGUGCUGACCUAUGCCGUGACGCUGAUCGGAAACUUCCAGUGGACCGUGAGGCAGAGUGCGGAGGUGGAGAACAUGAUGACCUCGGUGGAGCGGGUGGUGGAGUACACAGAGCUGAAGAGCGAGGCACCCUGGGAGACCCAGAACCGUCCUCCUGCCGACUGGCCCAGCCGAGGACUGGUGACCUUCAGCCGGGUGAACUUGUCCUACAGCGAAGACGGGCCCCCGGUCCUCAGAGACAUCAGCGCCACUUUCCAAGCGCAUGAGAAGGUCGGGAUCGUGGGGAGGACGGGCGCUGGGAAAAGCUCCCUGGUGUCGGCCCUGUUCCGCCUGGCUGAGCCGCAGGGAGAGAUCCACAUAGACGGCGUCCUGACGUCAGAGAUCGGCCUCCACGACCUGCGUCAGAGGAUGUCCAUCAUUCCCCAGGACCCGGUGCUGUUCACUGACACCGUGAGGAAGAACCUGGACCCUUUCGGGCAGCAUGCCGAUGAAGAGCUGUGGAGGGCCCUGGAGGAGGUGCAGCUGAAGUCGGUCGUGGAGGAGCUGCCCGGGAAGUUGGAGAUGGUUCUGGCCGAGUCGGGCUCUAACUUCAGCGUGGGUCAGAGGCAGCUGGUGUGUCUGGCCAGAGCCAUCCUGAGGAAGAACCGCAUCCUCAUCAUUGACGAGGCCACGGCCAACGUGGACCCCAGGACGGACGAGCUGAUCCAGAGAACCAUCCGGGACAAGUUUCGAGAAUGCACGGUGCUCACCAUCGCUCAUCGCCUCAACACCAUCAUAGACAGCGACCGGAUACUGGUGCUGGACAGUGGAACCAUCCGGGAGCUAGACCGUCCCUUCACUCUGCUGCAGAACAAAGACGGGGCGCUCUACAAGAUGGUGCAGCAGCUGGGGGCGGCUGAGGUGGCCGCUCUGCUGGAGUCUGCCAGACAGCUGGGAGAGAGAAGAAGAGGAGGAGGAGGAGGAGGAGGAGGAGGAGGAGGAGGAGGAGGAGGAGGAGCCAAUUAGGAGUUAACGAGGUGCAGCCGUGCGGAGGCUCGGCCGCUGCCACGCGAUUGGCCGUUCACAGGUGUGAGCGAUCAGCAGUGUGGUACUUGAGCAGUAUCGCACCGCUGAAGCGUCAGCCAGCGUCAGCCCGCGUGCAGCCCGUGUGUGAAGACCGACGUGGGUAAAGACCUGCGACUCUACCUGCGCGACUCAACCGAGCGGACGAGGCCGACAGAGGCCAGUAACGCCGCUUUUCAUUGUCUGUCUCACUCUCUCUGCCCUGUGCUUCGUUGCUAUCAGCUGUAGAGGAUGGAGGAACUGGGUUGGAGGCACCGAGCAGGGGAAGGUGACUGUCUGGACAAAUCUGGGGACUCUUUCUGCAACACCAAAUAAUAAAUAGCAUUUUGCUUUUAUUUUGAAAAAACAAUGUGUCACCGGUUUUAUUGGAGUCAAGUACAAACUGCAUUUGUACUCAAUUGUGUUGAGAUUAAAAACCUACACUUCAAAGUAAUGGAUGCCUAAGCAUCUAAAUGCAGAGGACCCAUUGGAAUCUUUUGGAGGAGCAGAGGCCAGGAAAUCCUACACUGGGAUCUGUACAAACUUCAAGGUAAUGCUACCCAUCCCCACUCAUCUCUCCAUGCAUGAAGAGGAAAGACAAGAACAAAAACUCACUCACUCACUCACUCACUCACUCACUCACUCACUCACUCACUCACUCACUCACUCACUCACUCACUCACUCACUCACUCACUCACUCACUCACUCAC